AUGGAAAUUCCGACUAUUUCUGAACCACCUCCCACAGUCCACAAUGUUAAAUCUAAAGAGAAAUUGUGGACAACUGCUGCUGAUGAGUCGGUUGAGCUGCGAAUUGAUCCAUGCUGUCCACAGCCUCCUGUGACUGUGCAUCAGAUGUUUAUGGAGUGUGUUGAUAAAUACGGAGAUUUUAAUGCCCUUUCCAGUAAAAAGAACGGUAUCUGGGAACAUGCAAGCUUUUUGGAGUAUUAUAAACUCUGUCGACAGGCUGCCAAAGGUUUCUUAAAGCUUGGUCUGAAACGGUUUUACAGCGUUGGAAUUCUUGGCUUUAAUGCUCCAGAAUGGUUUAUUUCUGCUGUAGGAACAGUGUUCGCCGGGGGAAUUGCUACCGGGAUUUAUACGACCAGUUCACCUGAAGCAUGCCACUAUGUUGCCAGUGACUGCAGAGCAAAUAUUAUUGUGGUUGAAAAUCAAAAACAGCUGGAGAAAAUCUUGCAGAUAUGGGAUAAAUUACCAGAUCUCAAAGCUGUUGUACAGUAUAAAGGCUCUUUGCAGGUUAAACACUCAAACCUAUACACGUGGGAUGAGUUCCUGGAACUGGGGAAAGAUAUUAAUGAAGAGCAUCUGGAUGACAUCAUAAAUUCACAGAAGCCCAAUCAAUGCUGUGUUCUUAUCUACACAUCAGGAACCACCGGGAACCCAAAAGGAGUAAUGCUGAGCCAUGAUAAUAUCACCUGGACAGCUGCCCAUGCCAGUCGUGCUGGAGAUAUGCAGCCUGCAGAAGUUCAGCAAGAGUCUAUAGUCAGCUACCUUCCUCUCAGUCAUAUUGCUGCUCAGAUUUAUGAUUUGUGGACCGGCAUCAAGUGGGGAGAACAUGUCUACUUUGCAAAUCCGGAUGCCCUCAAAGGAACACUGGUGGAUACAUUAAAAGAGGCACAGCCUACAUCACACAUGGGAGUACCAAGAGUAUGGGAAAAGAUCAUGGAACGUAUUAAAGAGGUGUCAGCACAAGCAAGUACAGUGAAGAGAAAAAUGCUGUCUUGGGCAAUGUCAGUGAACCUGGAAAGGAACCUGAGUCCACCAAGGAAUGGUGAACUGAAGCUGUUUCUCCCAGCUGUGGCUGAUUACCUGGUCCUCUCCAAAAUUCGCAAGAUGCUGGGAUUUUCUCACUGCCAGAAACACUUCUCAGGUGCUGCUCCUAUCUCCAAGGGAACCCUGGAAUUCUUCCUUGGCCUUAAUAUCACACUUUAUGAAGCCUAUGGAAUGAGUGAGACAUCAGGACCGCACGUCAUGUCCAGCCCUUAUACUCAUCGCUUCCAGUGCUGUGGCAAGGCUGUGCCCGGAUGUCAAAUGAAAAUAGUUAACAAAGACUCCGAUGGAAAUGGAGAAAUCUGCUUUUGGGGCCGGACAGUCUUCAUGGGAUAUCUAAACAUGGAGGAAAAGACUAAAGAGGUUUUUGAUGAGGAUGGCUGGUUACAUUCUGGAGACAUUGGCAAAAUGGACACUGAUGACUUUCUGCAGGUGACAGGCAGAAUCAAAGAGCUAAUCAUCACUGCAGGUGGAGAGAAUGUACCACCCAUCCCUAAGCAGUCCGGUUUUGUAAUGAUGUUGGCAGUAAGGCCACAACAGUGACCGAGAUUGUGGGACAGAAGGA